AGUGUAUAUAAAUGUGACUUCCUCAACUUACAGCUUCAGCAGCCGCUCCAGCUUGCGCAAGAUGCUAUAGAUGCUUUUUUGAAACAGCUGAAAAACCCUAUCGAUUCUCUCCCUGGAGAGCUUUUCCAUGUGGUUGUCUUCUCUCUCCUUCUUUCUUAUUUUCCAUCACCUUACCAGCGAUGGAUUUGCUGCAAGAAAGCUCAUGAACUAUUAGUGUUAAAUGGUUUAUUACUUAUCAUCACACCUGAUUCCUCCCAUCAGAAUCGUCAUGCUAUGAUGAUGAAAAGCUGGAAGAUUGCUAUAGAGUCCCUGGGCUUUAAACGCUUCAAGUAUUCAAAAUUUUCACAUAUGCACCUGAUGGCAUUUAGGAAAAUCUCCCUAAAAACCACAAGUGACUUGGUUAGUAGGAACUACCCAGGGAUGUUAUAUAUUCCUCAAGAUUUCAACAGUAUAGAAGAUGAGGAAUAUUCUAACCCUUCUUGCUAUGUUCGGUCAGAUAUAGAAGAUGAACAAAUAGCAUACGGUUUCACAGAGCUCCCUGAUGCUCCAUAUGACUCAGAUUCUGGAGAAAGUCAAGCCAGCUCUAUUCCUUUCUAUGAGCUAGAGGAUCCCAUAUUACUUCUAAGUUAAUGUAAAACCAGAAGGCCCUUUCAGUCCAGACUCCUAAUUUCUUACACUAAUUGGAAAUACUAACAUGAACUCAGUACUUAAAACCUGGUUAGCAUAGAAGAAAUGCAAAGGUUUACAGAGUUUGCUAUUUUUUUCUACUCGAUUUUAAAAUUUAUUCUUAUAUAGAAAGCUUAAAAGUUUCAUGCAGAGUGACUCUUGUCAUAGCAGAAACCACUUUUACUUUAGCAUUUAGCACUAAGUUAUCAUAGAAAGGUACCUUCUUAGUGCUAUUGUGAAAAAUGAAACAUAAUUUGCUAUAUAUUUUCCUUUUCUUCAACUUUUCGAUGUUGACUUUAAACCCUUGCAAUGGGAAACUUUAAGAUAUGUAGAAAGCUGUAGAUUGCACUUUCAUGAUUCACAAGUUAAAUGUGACACAGAGAUAGGCUGGUUUAGUUGUUUUGUGAUGCACUUAUCUUUUUCUUUUUUCUAACUAGUUAUCUAUUACAGAAAGCCAUUUUCUGUUCAGUUUUGUUUGAUCCAAUUUUUCCUGAACUUUUUGGAAUUAGUGAUUAUUCUUUUUUAUUCUAUUAAAAGCUUACUUGGUAGCAUCAGACACUGGGGAAGAGAUUUCCCCCAUAGUAUACAUUCUAAUUUCAUUAGCACAACCCAAUAAACACCAUUGCCAAAGUAAUAUUAUCAUAACUUUCUUGUUGAUUUGGGCCUUGGUGUUAAGUAUAUUUAUCUGUGAGAGUUCGCUUUUACUUUUUUAAAUUUAGGUUUCAUUUACAAAAUUUUCUAUGUAAGCAAGGAACAAUAUAAUACUCGAUACUGAUCUAAAACACCUUUGUGAAAGGGUUUGCACUUGUAUAAGAGUUUAUGUUCUAUCAAAACCAACUUUGAUAGGGUCCUCGCCUUUCCAUUAAGGAGGUGCUGCACUACAAGUUUGGAAUUAUAUAGAAAAAAUUUAAAUUCACCCUCUGCUGGUAAUCUUAUCAAAUGGCUUUGACCUUUUGGCAUCCUAAUUUCUAUCUAAACCCUAGACAAAAUUUUCUUUGAAUAUAUAAACCAUUAGUUGGCUGUGGGAAUUUUCCCUUUCCACAUUGAUAAAUGCCUUUCUGUGUUUCUGAAUCAGAAGCAAAUGAUUAAGGAGAAAUAUAUGUCCGAACAAGACAAGAUUAGUUUAAACAGUGAAGAACAUUUAGUCCACAUUGUCUUGUCAGCCAGCAAUUGUCAUGUAAACUAUCAUUUUUAAGAGUGCCACUGUGUGGAUUUUUUUUCAAGUGGUUAUUACAUUAAAAUUACCUCAUACUGAGGUUUUUGCACUGAAAUAUCACAGUUUCAGAUUUCAUGGUUAAUGUGUGUAUGUGUGUGUGUAUGUUUUUAAAGGAAACUUGCAUUUUCAAUAGUUGAUCCUAAAUUUCAUAAACUGCACUUCUUUACUCUGGUAAAACUGAUGUUUUUGUGCUUAUUGUGAAUAGCUAUAGUUAACUUUGAAUGUCAAACUUUAUUUAGAAAUACAAAAUUUAUCCUUUAAGAUAUAAAAGAUUGAGUGUGUAUACCCCAUAUUUCAAAUUAAAUUUCACAUGCUAACUUAAAGAAAGUAACAAGAUUGUAAUUAACCUAAAAAAAAGUCAACUGAUUAAAUGCAAUAAAUACUGGUUGCUCAGAUAUGCCAGAAGAAACUUGAAGUUUUUCAUUUACUUUCAAUAGCAUAAAAUUCCUUAAUAAUUAGGACUGCCUUUUCUUUCCAGUUAAGCACAACAGGAUCAUGUCUUGUAGCUCCCUCAAAAGAAAAAGGAAGAAAAAAAAAAAAAAGCAUUGUGUUUAGGAUAAUACAAAACUGCGUAUUGGUAGUACCUCCUUUAUCAUCCUGUUUGUUUUCUUUGAUUUGGCUAGAUCUGAUCUUAAGAGCAAAGAAAACAACACAUCGAAUGGAAGUGCUUUGAAAGUAAAUGAAAAUAGUGCUUUUGCAAGGCUGGUGGAAGUGUGACCUCGGAGACAGCCUUUGUGUUACAGCAAAAAUGUUGGUGCUAUAAAUUCUUCUCUGAUUGUUUACAGAUGUUGAUUCUGCUUUUGCUCCAAAGUGUGCAUGAUGUAUAUUUUAAGCAGUACUUCAAAGAAAAAUCUCUUUAUAAACCUACUACCAUUUAGUUUAAAUUUGUUUGAAUUUAUAUCAUUUGUUACUGUAAAUCCAGCUGAUUCAGAUUAGGUUGGCACAGGAUUUAAACCAAUACACAUUUCACCAAAGCCAAUUCAGUGUUUAAAUGUCGAAAUAUAAGCAGUCACUGUGGCUUGGUGCCGGAUCAUAUAUGUAAUGACAAGAGAAGUUAAUAGGGCCUUCUAAUACUGUAUGGGUACUCUUAAGAAUGAUUUCAUUUGCAUAUAAAGUUAAGGGGCCUCCUGUCACAUUCACAACAGGUUCUCCAAGAAAAUUGGGUGUUUCAAAACAAAUGAUCAUUUGGUUGGAUUGUUCAGGAUCAUAACUAGAUCAUGUGGUUUUUACCAUAGUUGCCAAGUGGUAGGAGGUAGCAUACCUGAAAAUAUAUGUUUGUGUUUGUUGUAUUUUUUCACAUUUUGUGAACAAAGCACAUUUAUUAAAAAUUUUAAAUUUUCUA